AUGCUGUCAAGCCUUCUCAUCACUCAAUUUAUAUAUGGAACUAUUUCAACUAUUAUCUAUUCUUUGACUGUUGUAUUUCUAACAAAAAACUGGAAACAUUUCGAUAACUACUUCCUGAAGCUUUAUAUUUGCCAGUUUUUCUUCAAUAUGUGGAUGUAUUGGAACUUUUAUAUCACAUCAAGACUGCCUGCAAGCACAUGCAAGGACUGUUAUCUCUCGGGCUGGUUUGAUUCUUUAUCAAAAGAUUCUGGUUCAAUGUUCCCAUUCAAAUUUUUUAUAUUCUGUCAAUAUCACUUGGGAUUUAUGAGUUAUUCAAAUUUAUUUCUGACGUCUAUUAAUCGUUUCACUUUAAUUUUUAUGCCAAAGAGAUAUUUUCAAAUAUGGCACUAUGGGACAUAUAUUCUGAUAGCUUUAAUUUUUAUUACACCCAUUUUGUUUACAUAUCCAUUACUUGUUCAUCAAGCUUACUUAGAAUACAAUCCAUUAUCAGACACAUAUGUGGCAAGAACUCAAGCAGAUCUUCCGUUUUUAUAUUCAUUCAUACUUGUUUGGAUGGUAGUUACGGUGCUUCUCAGCAUAAUUGCCAAUAUAAUUUGCUGGUUCAAAAUAUCAAAAUAUAGCAAAGCGGCUCGUCAACAAAGCGAUUAUCGUCUUUUUCUGGUAUCCUUUGUAACAUUUGUGAUCAACUGCGGAGUAUUUUCUAUUGCUAUGCUAAACAAAAUAUCAGCGGACAUUGACCCAUCGAAACUAUUAUUGAGCAGCCGAAUUGCCCAACUAUUAAGCCCAUUUGCAAACGACUUGCUCUCUUUGUCAACUCCCUAUGUUUUGAUUAUUUUCAGCAAACGGAUCCGUCAAUCCAUCAAGAACUUAUUCAUAAAAGGAACAGUUGCGCCUUCUUCUAUUACUCCAUUACAAAAUAUUCCUGCUUCAAGAAUUUGA